AUGGGCAUAAACAAGUACUCCGCCAAGUCGCUCGAUGGCGAUGUCCCCGACAAGCCAUUUGUGUUCGUGGUCGAAGGCCGCUAUCAGAAUUGGAUCAAGCCUAUCAUAUUGCUCGAAUGUCUCAAUACUGACUAUGAUACUGCGUGCUUGGACGGCCCCGCGACAAGGACUGACUGGUUCACGAAAAUCCACCCACAAAGAUACGUUCCAGCCUUGAUCGAUUCAAUCGACGGCAAUCGAGUCACCGCAUGGGACAGUUCGCAGAUCCUUCAGUUCCUGGCUACCAAGUACAAUAAGGAGGGGAACUGGGGCGGCGCCACUCUGGCUGAACAGUUGGAGAUAGGCAAUUGGCUCACCUUUGAGACCGCCUCCCUAGGACCAACCGCUAAGUACUGGGUGUGGUACGACAUACGCAAGGAAGAGGACAAGAACCCACUGGCCCAGGAAAAAAUGUUAAAGGACCUUAGAGUCCAAUACGCCAUUUUGGAUCGACAUUUGUCUCAGAAAGGUCAACAAUGGUUGGGUCUCCCGGACCGGCCGACGAUUGCAGACAUCGCCGUUUAUCCGUUUGCCGACGACCCUACCAUGGCCCGGAUGGGCAUAGACAAGAAUGACUUUCCGGCGCUGAAGGCGUGGAGUGAUAGGUUUGCGAGCAUUCCAGGCGUUGCUAAAGCGUACGCUGAAAUGCAUUCUCGGAAGGAAAUCGAGAUUGGCGCAUGAUCAACAAUGUCCUUUGUCGUGGGGUCAAAUCUAAAAAUGUUAUUUCUUGGUCGAAUAGUCAGGACUUGGCUUUCCAUAAGGGAAAGAGAGAAUUUGAAAUGACUCGAGCG